AUAUUUCUUCUGAGUUGGCCUAGCACCAGACAUAACUACCAUAUGGAAUCUAUUUUAAACAUACAAAUAACUGACCAACCGUUGUUAAAAACGGUUAGACUGAAGACUUCAACUCCCAGAAUUCGAUAGUUCUCGAAAGGGACAGUGCAGGUUCAAAUUAGGUGAGAGUGCGAUUAACACCGCAGCCGACUAACCGUAAAACAGGCAACGUUGUGCGUUUUUAAGGUACUGUUUUGAGCAUCGGCGCUAAACUGGGAGUUCAAUACGCCUAUAGAAAACUGCCAUCGUUGCACAGAGGAUUAAUGCAUUUGAAAGAACAUGAGCGACAGAGUCGAAAAAGGCCCCACCACUCGCAAAAGAAGAAGUUCAAUCUCUGGAGCCGCCUUUGCUAACGCUACUUUGAAACAAGCAAAUGGCAAAUUCGCUGUCAGUAAAAAUAAUAAAGUAUCAAAUCUGAAGCAGGACGGGAACAGCAGUUCGAAGGAAAAUGUAUACGAAUCGCAUGUUACUGCAGCAGAAGAUAGAGGGAAAAAUGAAAUUCAGUACUUUGGUAAACUCAGUUGCCACAAGCUGCAGGAAUCCUUGCUCAGCUCUGCCAGUGGCUACAGCAAUUACAGGGGAAUCCUCAACUGGUGCGUUGUUAUGCUGGUCUUGAGCAAUGCACGUCUUUUCCUGGAAAACCUCUUGAAUUAUGGAAUACUGGUGGACCCCAUUCAAGUGAUCUCACUAUUCUGGCAGGACCCUUACAGUUGGCCAUCAGCUUGCCUUGUCAUUGUCUCGAAUGUGUUCAUACUGGCCGCUCUGUACACAGAGAGAAGGCUGUCUGUGGGCACCUUCAGUGAGCAAUUUGGUACGACCGUUCACUGUGUCAACCUGACGACCAUCCUGUGCUUCCCAAUGAUCACCAUUCUGAUGCUGGACUCUGUCACCCCGGUUGGUGGAGCCUUUGCUCUGGGUGUGUACACCAUCCUCUUCCUGAAGCUGUAUUCCUACAAAGAUGUGAACAUGUGGUGCAGAGGAAUUCAGCAUGCGAAAGCUCGCACUCUUUCCAGAUCCAUUUCAUGCCCCGCAGUUCAGAGGUCAAGUAGAGGGGAACGACAAGACAAGGUGUCUUACCCUGGGAACCUCACUCUCAGGGAUUUGUACUACUUUGCCUUUGCCCCGACACUCUGCUACGAGUUGAACUUCCCCCGAUCUCCACGGAUACGCAAGAGCUUCCUGCUCAGAAGGCUUUUUGAGAUGCUAUUCUUCAUGCAGUUAUUGGUUGGAUUAAUACAGCAGUGGAUGGUGCCCUCCAUUCAGAAUUCAAUGAAGCCAUUCCAGGAUAUGGACUUUUCCAGAAUGAUUGAACGGCUCUUAAAACUUGCCGUGCCCAAUCACUUCAUCUGGCUCAUCUUUUUCUAUUGGUUUUUUCACUCAUCCAUGAACUUUGUAGCUGAGCUCAUGCAGUUUGGAGACAGGGAGUUCUACAGGGACUGGUGGAACUCGGAGACAGUCACGUACUUCUGGCAGAACUGGAACAUCCCAGUGCACAAGUGGUGCCUUCGUCACUUCUACAAGCCAAUGCUGAAAAGAGGAGUCAGCAAGUUGAUGGGGCAGGCAGCUGUGUUCCUGGUUUCAGCAUUUUUCCAUGAGUACCUGGUCAGUAUUCCACUGAAGAUGUUCCGGCUGUGGGCGUUCAUGGGCAUGAUGGCUCAGCUUCCUCUGGCCUGGUUCGUGGGCCAAUUUCUCAGGGGUACCUAUGGCAAUGCAGCAGUGUGGAUCUCACUCAUCAUUGGUCAGCCCAUUGCAGUACUUAUGUAUGUCCACGACUACUAUGUUCUCAACUUUGGUGAAACAGGAGCUGCCUAAAUGCUAGUCCCAUCCAUGGUACCCUACUUUUUUAAACAAUAGAAAUAUGAGCACAAAUUUACAUUGAGAUUUAUUCUGUGUAAAAAAAAAGAAAAGAGAAAAAAAAAAACAUUUUAUACAGUAAAUAUUUGUGGUUUGAUUAAACAGAAAAUAUUUUUGUAAUGUUAAAACAUUUUCUUGUUAAAUAGGCUUUAAAGAAAUAAGGCAUUCAAAAAUAGAAUUGUAACUGCAUAUAUUUGUAUUGUUUCUAAAGUGGUCAUAUCACCUUCUUCCUUUAAACUUUGCACUGAAUAUUUGUAGAGAUUGUACCAUCCAACAGUACUGCAGUUAGUCUGAAACACUGUCCAAAGAAUAGAUUUGCCUUCCUCAUUCCUCUUGUCUGUACUUUUCUGUGGUAUUGGAAGAUCAAAUGCAUUAAUUGCUUAUUGAUACAUAAUAGACUUUUGUGAACUGUUCAAGAAACAUUUUUGACUGAGCACAUUAGCUGAUAAUAUUUAAACUGCUCAAGAUUCAUCCAUCUGUCAAUUAACAAAUUUGUCCAACUGAAAAUAAAACUCAUGUAUAGCGUCCAUA